AUGUCUCUCGCCAAGGAACCAAUUCUCGAACUCACCGACUUGUCUGAAUUCGAGCAUCUGAUUCGUCAGCAUCCAGAGAAAACUAUCAUUCUCGAUUUCUUCGCCACGUGGUGCGGUCCAUGCAAAGCAAUCGCUCCAUUGUACAAGGAGCUCGCGACGGAAUACAAAGGAGUCAUCUUCUGCAAAGUCGAUGUCGAUGAAGCGGAGGAUCUUUGCGCAAAGUACGACGUCAAAAUGAUGCCAACAUUCAUCUUCACCAAAAACGGAGAGACCGUGGAGACUCUUGAAGGUGGUGUCGAGGAGGAACUCCGCAGAAAAGUGCGCGAGCACUCUACCCCUGCUCAGUGA